AUGCUCGACACAAUCCGCGAUGCGCCUCUGGGGCAAUUCCUUCGAUGGGUCACUCACAACCGGAUACUUCUGUAUCCCGACGAGCGACCAGGCUUCGUGCUCCCCAAGCUAUCGUCUGGGGAUCCCCUCCAGAAGGAUAUACCGGAGCCCGACGAGUCUGAGCCCGAAGCGGCCGAGCCAGAAAAGCAGACUUCCGAAACACCUGGGGAUGCGCAAGCAGAGGAAGCAAAAUUCGAGUCCGGGGUCGUAGAUCCAGAGAAGGCUGAGGCUGAUGGCGAAGCGUCGACACGCCCAAUGGAAAGAGCAGAGGGAGGAGGCGCUUUAGAACCAACUCUCUCCAGACAACACAGUCUACCCUUUACGGAAGAGCGUCUCGCCCUGGAUCGGCAGCUCGAGCUGGAAAAGACCAGGAGCAAGCCGAUCUCCCUGCACAGAUCCGCCGACGGGACCAUCCUUGUCGACUGGUAUACGACUGACGACCCAGAGAAUCCACAGAAUUGGUCGCAGGCGAAGAAGCUCUUUGUGUUGGUGCAAAUAUGCCUAUACACCUUCGCCAUGUACGGAGGCUCCAGCAUUUACGUCGUUAGCGAAAGUGGAGUCAUGCAGAGAUUCGGCGUGAGCGAGGCAGCGGCAGCAAUGGGCCUCGCCAUAUAUGUUAUAGGCUACGGAAUUGGUCCCCUGCUGUUUGCGCCGCUCUGCGAGAUUCCUGCCAUCGGCCGCAACGGAGUCUACACGCCUGCCUUUAUUCUUUUUGUCAUCAUCUGCAUACCGACAGCAGUUGUUGAUAACUAUGCCGGGUUGUUGGUUCUUCGAUUCCUGCAAGGCUUUCUGUCCAGCCCCUGUCUUGCAAAUGGAGCUGCCUCCGUGGGCGACAUGUUCUCCCUCUUGAUUCUCCCCGUGUAUCUUUCUUCCUGGACGGCUGCCUGCUUCUGGGGCCCUGCGCUCGGACCAGCUAUCUCGUCGUUCGCUGUCACUGCCGAAGGAUGGAGAUGGUCGUUAUGGGAACUGCUCUGGCUUAGUGCACCUAUUCUGGUCGUCUACCUGAUUUCCUUCCCCGAGACCUCCAGCGCCACGAUCCUCCGGCGACGAGCCGCACGACUGCGGAGACUCACGGGGAGGACAGACCUGCGGUCCCAGAGCGAGAUCGAGCAGGCCCACAUGAAGUAUUCGGAAGUCUUUUUCGACGCCAUCAUAAAACCGCUCGAGAUCAUGAUGAAGGACCCUGCCGUGUUUUUCACAAAUAUCUACUCCUCUCUCCUCUAUGGCAUCUACUAUUCCUUCUUCGAGGCGUUUCCGCUGGUCUACAUUUCCAUCUACGGCUUCAAUCUCGGCGAGCUGGGCUUGACCUUUAUCAGCAUCGGUGUGGCGACCACGAUCGCCGUCAUCAUCUACAACACAUAUCUGCUUGUCUACCUGGUGCCUGACAUUAUCAAAAACGGCCUGCGAGCGCCAGAACAUCGGCUGGUACCUGCAUUGUUUGCCGUCUGCGUCCUACCUGCGGGACUGUUUAUGUUCGGCUGGACCUCCCGCCACGGCGUGCACUGGAUGGCCAGCAUCGUCGGCGUGAUGAUCGUCGUGGGCUCCAACUUCAUCAUCUUCCAGUGCAUCUUCGUGUACCUCCCCCUGUCGUACCCGCGCUACACGGCCUCCCUGCUCGCCUCCAACGACCUCUUCCGCGCCCUCUUUGCCGCCGGCUGCGUCGAAUUCUCCAGGCCCAUGUUCAAGAACCUGGGCAUCGGCCCCGGGAAUAGUCUGCUCGCCGGCCUGGCUUGUGGUGGUGUGGUCGGCAUGUUUCUGCUUUGGCGGUUCGGCGCCAAGUUAAGGGCCAGGAGUAAAUUCGCGGUGAGUUAG